GAGUGCGGGAAUAGGAACUCUCUGUGUGUGACUCGCUGUCGCUGCGCGUGCCAAAAAUUUACCAUUAAAAUUUUUGAUUCACCAACCAACAAUCAAACCACACAACGCUCUUACUACCAAUAGAAGAGUGUACUCUAGAGUAGUAAAAGUAACACCACGGGAAUACUGUAAUAAAAUCGUGUGUAUUGUUAUUAGAGGAAGAUUAAUAACGCAAAAGCCGUUGUAGUAGGCGAGAAGAAGUUUUCCCCUUCAUAUUAGGAAAAGAGAUUGAUUAAAAGCAAAGGGAAAAGAAGUACCAUUGUGCUGUGCUGCAGAAAAGUGUGUGAAUAUCGCGAGCAGAGAAGAACCGUGAUUGUCGUCGCGGGCCAACCAAUGAAGCAAAGGGAACAAUAGUGCAGAAGAGAAGUGGACGACAACGCGUGUGGAGAGAGCGAAGAGAAGUCAGAUGAAAUUGUAGGAAGGAGGUUAAGCAGCAGUGAAUUAGUGAAUUAUUUGCCUAUCGCCCGCUAGCGAAUGUGUGUGAUUAAGAAGAAGAAUAAUAAUUUUCGAUUCACAGUCGUCAGCAACCGAUCGACCGACCGACCAAUUUUCGUGUGUGAGAGUGUGAUACGAGCCAAGAGCCAACCGUGUGAGGUGCUUUGUCCCCUCGCAAGUCUCUCUCUUGCCCUCGUUUAGCGUGUGUCUUCGUAUGAAUAUAAAAUAAUCUUUAAAAUUGCGCUCCCAUACUUCCCGACCACCGUCUACGGUACCGUCUCGUCUUCUGUUCUGGUGGUUACACACUUAGGGCAAGUGCAAGUGAGUGAGAAAGAGAGAGCGAAGGAGAGAUAAAGGAAUAAAGAGCCAAUUCCAAGAUAUAUGUAUGAAAAAAAUCGGUAGUUCAUUGAAUUUUUACGUGGCAAAAAAGGCGACCUACGAAAAUAUUACCAAUCGACGGCAGCGCCUUCCAGCGGUCGAGCAGUGGUUAGAAAAUAAAUCUCUCGGGGCACCCGCAAUCACCACCUGGCAAGAAAGAGUGUGUGUACGUCGUGAGUGUAUCAUCCGUCAAUCGUCGCGAGCGAGCUCGUGAGAGUGGGUCUCAAGUCUUCUAAAGUUGAAAUUCCUUGAUUAACCUUGAUCAGAUAACACCAUAACACUUCCCGGGGUCCCCGAGCACUUCCCUAUCACUUCACUUCCCCCAAACCAUCGUCCGACAGUCGUCUCCCGGUUCGUUCGUACCUACUAGAAGUUUGGUAGCUUCCGGUCCCGGGUUCCGGAAAAAAGUGCCUGCUGAACGCAUUCCUCCAGCACACCAAGAUGGCCACUCUGUGCGCUGGGCACUAUGGACUGUCCCAGCAGCAGCAAACGUCGUCCUCCGGCAGUCUCCAUCCGGGUGCCGUCGAUGCCGGCAACAAGGAGCUCAUCUUCGUCAAGCUUACGGACUCGGCUCUGCGGGCCAUCGAAGAGUUUCAGCGGAAUCAGUCCAAACUGGGCCAAGGCCCCAAUCCCUCGAUACAGUUUCUCUCGAACGGAGAGGGCUACCUGACGUUUCCCUCCGGCGGCAGCAACGUGCAAAAGUUCAGCUUCUCCAUCACCGACUGCGAUGGCGGUGCGAUCGAGUGUAUCCAGCAGAACCAGGGCCAGCAGCUGCAGAACAUGGGCCACAUCCCGCAGAAGAUGCGGAUACACGCCAACGAUGACGUGUACGAGACGACCAAAACCCGGAUGGCGGCCUUCGAGGAGGUGCAGAAGAACAAAUGUACAAGGGAAAUCAAGCCGAACCAAACCGACAUCGGGCGGAAAGUGAAGUUAAAAAACCCAACUACUCGUCACAUUCCUAGUAGUAAUUCAGUCUUAAGCAAACGUGAUUCGCUGCACAGUUCCAGCAACAACAGCUACAACGGCAACAGUGCGCUAGUAAAUAGUAGUAGUAGUAAUAGUAAUAAUAGUUUAGCAUCGUCAGUUCCCGCGCUUGGCGCAAACAACCACCACCACAACAACAACAAUAGUAGCAACAAUAACAACAACCACAGUCACUUGAACGGCCACAGUAACGGAACCAGCUAUGGCAGCAACAACCUCUCCACAUCACCAAAACUACCGAAACUCAACGGUUUGCACAGCAACAGCACGACCAACGGGCACAGCAACAGUCUGUCGUCCCAGGCGGCGGUGCAGCAACCGAAACCCGGCUACCAGCACACGAUCCAUGAUCCUCCCCAGCAGCAGCAGCAGCAGCAACCGCAACAGCAAAAGUCUGAAAAUGGCGUCCCGCCCAACAACCAACGACUCUCCAAUGGGCGGACCCAGCACGGCAAAGCCCCUACGACGGAGAUUAUGAAGCGGUCGCUUAGGGAAAGGUUGGUUCAUCUACUAGCAGUGAGACCUUGGAAAAAGCCGGAACUGUACGCCAAAAUACGGCAAGAUGGUGUCCGUCCGCAGGAAGUAGAUCGCGUGCAGCAGGUACUGUCGACCGUUGCCAGUAUGAAGGACAACGUGUACUACUUGCACCGGCACAUCUGGAACGACGUGCAAGAAGACUGGCCAUUCUACUCCGAGCAGGACCGGCAGAUACUCAAGAGGCGGAAACCUCAAAACCUGACACCUCCUCUCAGCGGCUCGGAUGGCGGUUCCUCGUCCGGCCAGAGUCCGUCCAGUGCGCACAACGGUAACAGUCCUCCGCCGGCCGGCGGCAAGAGGCCCUCGGCCGCGGCCAACGAAGACAACAAUCUCGUCGGCAGCAUGCCCAAUUCCAAGAAGCCUCGAAUCAGUCACUACAAGAAGAACGUCAUCCACCCGGAUAUCAGCAAUCGACGAGGUAUGAUCGACUCCAGGGACAAAGGUAACAUGAAUCCACGUUCCAGGGAGCAAGAAGAGUACAUGCGCUCGUCCAAAUAUUACCACAACAACAGCUACAACAACCACAACAACUACCAUCGCAACGGAUCGAACGUCACCCCGAACGCCCAGGAAUCGGAGGACAGCGGAGUCAGUUUGAGUUUUUCGCUCGUUUCGAACGAUGUGGCCCGGAGGAUACAGCACCCCAAUGGCGGGAUAACGGCCGCCGACAUGGCCGACGUGAUCGUGGCGGCCGAACGGGAUACCUUCGACCAGGAGGAGCAGCAGCAGCAGGAUACGGCCUACCGGGAGGAGGUGGCGGCGGCGGUGACGGCGGUGGCAGCGGUCCCAAACAAGAAACCCUCGAUGCUGCUGGCGGAUGAUUACACUGAACAAUUUACUAGGAUAACCUCGGUGGAACAACGGCGCAAAUAUAAGACUGAAUUCGACAACGAUUUCAAGGAGUACCGGAAGCUGCACGAAACCGUGGACUCGGUUUCCCGCCGGUUCGCCCAGCUGGAGGAGGACCUGAAGCACCAGCGGCACAACGAGAGGCGGUACAAGGAAAUUCAACGGCAAAUUCUUAGGGAGUACGACGAGAGUAUAAAGGAUGACCGGUUUCAGGAAAUCAAGAAAAGGCUCAACUAUCUACACAAAAAGUUAUCGCACAUCAAGUGUUUGGUGAGCGAUUACGAUGAAGCUCUCACCCACGGACAUUGCCGGCCGCAGGAGAAUUACUGACGAUUAUUGAAGCCUAUUAAACAGCACCAUCAGCACCACCACCACCACCAUCAGCAAUCGUCGCAUCAGUACUACGUCUGUUGACGACAAUUGUCAGAGUCACAACAGUAUCAGCAAAGGCAGCAACAACAACAUCAACAACAACAACGGGAUACGAAGGUCUCGUUCAUGUACUGAUGAUGAAAGCAUACGGUCGUUUAAUCGAUCGUUAAUCGAAAACGUGAAAGAGAUAGUGACAGUGAUAAACCACCCCAACCCCCUAUUCCCGCGACACGCGGACGGCUAAACUGUGUGGUACUAGAAUGGUGCCUGUUUCUACACACAUCCACACGCAAAAACCAAGAAACAAAAAAAACAUGCAAUUUUUUCUCAGUGCGGAGUGACAGAGUCAGCAGCAGUGCUAGCCAACUCGUUUUUAUAAAUCAGCAGCAGCGCAGCAGUAGCAAGCAGCAGCAAGCAAUCCUUUGUUACCUUUUUUUAUUAAAGAAAAAUAUUGUUUAGCAGUAGUAGAAUCAGCCGAGGAGAACCUAGAACAAGGAUAGAAAACGCGCCACCAGAUGUGUCGGUGACGUGGAAGAAGAUUUUGGAAUCGUGCCACUAGUUCUCUAAUGUAUCUCCACCAAAUUGAGGAGUCGCCGUAUCACGCGGCCGCUCAAAGAAAACAAAUCAGCCUCAUAUCAACGUCUCAAUCAUCCAUCCAAAAAAACAAAAACGGAAAAAGGAAACUUCUCACGACCGCUUGAGGUUGCGACCAGAUGCCAUUCGUAAUGAACCCUGAAGAGUGUCGCAACUUCUCGCCCCGUCGUACUAAUGUCGUACUCGCGAUUUCUCGCCACCUUCCACAUUUAAAAAGAUUAGAACACACACGCCCACGCAGAGAAAGGUGUCUCGCUCUUAUCAAACACAUACACACAUUAACACAAAUUAACGCGUGCGACUAGCAAGAAAGACGGCAUUGGAGUGAAGCAAACACACGUGUAGGAAUGUGUUUUAACGUAGCAAGAUUAUUGCGGUACUAGAUUCAAACCGGGAGAGAUGGAUUGUACGGAUGAUGAAUGAAACAACAGCAGCAGCAGAACAUACAGAUAAACCUAGGCUCCACACACACACAAGCUUAGAGCAACAUACAAACAAUUCUACACACAAACACACAAAAGAGAGUGAGAGACAUUACUAAAUGAAUUGAUUUCUAAGGAUUUUUCUUUAAACUAAUUUUAAAAGUUUAUGAAACUUAACUAGUUAAUUGAAUGUGUUAACAAGCAGCACAAGUGAGAAAAGGGUGAGGAAACACACAGGAGACACACCCGAGGAGCUCACAAUCACACACACACAUACAACUUCACACACCAACGUGCAGAGAUAUAGCGCAAGAGUGAGUGAAUGUGAGAGAGAGUCGGAUAAUCAGCUCGAAAUCACCAAGGAAAAUGACCCCCUAAUCUAGUAGGAUUAUUGAAUUUAAUUUUUUCAUAGUUUUCUCGUUUUUAAUAUUUCUUUUGUUUCCUCAACCUGUUAUCGAAAACAAAGCAAAACAAAAAUAUAUACAUAUUGUAGAAUGAAGGAACACUGAAGGAAGCAAAAAAACGCCCUCUUAAGAUGACAGACUUAUUUGUGUAAUACGUUUUUCGUUUUGUUUUACAAUUGUGCCGAAGAAGAAAAACGGGAAAGUUUGUGUGAUAUUCUUCUUUUCGGUUUUCUUCCACUACGGCCAAAAGUAAGCUCAAGAUAGGAGAGCAAGGAAUAAAGUUAGCAAAAAAAAACAAAACAUGAUAAGAAAGAGUUAAGAAUCUGCUUGUCUGUAUUGUGUGAUUGGGCAGGGACUAACGAAAUUGUCUCUUGUCGUUUUCUGCGCGCGCACGCGCACAGAGAUGAACUAGCAAAGAGACACAAGUGGCAAAGCGAAACAGUAAGGCAAUUAUGGGUAUUUAAUUAAUUUAUUAGUUAUCUAAUUUAGGAAAUUUUCAAAACAAAAUAAGAGAAGAAACAAAACGGAUAAAAACAAACGCCAGAUGCGUGGAAGCGUGCGGUGAAUCACUCAAUCAAAAACGGAAGGAAAUGUGAAGUAUGAAAAGAAUCGGAAAUCAGACUAAAUCAAAAUACAAUCAUACACACGAGAAAAAGACACACACACAUACACACAUGCAGACAGACAGACGCAGAGAAAAAGCAGAUUGAGGAAACUUUCUUAGCGCGCAUUCUCGUUAUUCGCUCACAAUCAAUCGCCACCUCCUGGCGAGAUUUGGAGUUCCCUCAAAGAAGGAACCCCACUUGAAAACGUGUACGUGUCUGAUUGGAGACCCCCUAUUAUAGUGCCACAAAAUUAGCAAAAAAAAAAUUAAUUCCAUCAGACACACAAACGUGAGUCCAACGACAAAGAAAGUAACAACUAAAACCAGGGCGUUUUUUGGGCGAAAACGAGUGAUAGAGAAUAGUUAAGCAAUCAAUCAGUAAUGUGUUUUCCCAAAAUUCCUUUUUCUCGGUGUCUUAACAAAAAAAAGGCUGGAACAAACAAAAAAAGUCCAAUCCAGAAGAAUAGCAAAAAUGUUAGUCACCGUUUUUUUUUCGGUUUUCCGUUUAAAUUUGAUUUUGUCAAACUCGUUUACAGUUUUUGUUUUUGGUUGGUAGAUUUUUAAAUGUUAUUCCUUCGAUUUCCGAAACGAAAAAAAAAAAAAUUACAAACCCACAGAAAAAAAGGACAAUUUUGUUUUUUUUCCCUUUAGAAUUGUUUUUGAUGGUUUACGUUUGAAUCGUUUCGUUUUACAUUUUUUUUAAAUUGGCUCUUCCAAAUUCUCCGUACUAGGUUUUAGGAUCAGAAUCGAAUCGUCUGAAGAUACAAAAUUAUGUACACACCCUUAGUUUAAGUUUGCGUUUGAUUUUUCCUGCUUUGAUUUGUGUUGGUUUUUUCUUGGUUUUAGUUUUAAGUUGAGUUCUAAACAUGUUUUGUGAAAUACUCUCCCCGGACUAGAUUGGAAAUGAUUGUCUAGAGAAGGAAUUGUAAAAAAAAAAUAUUUUGGUUUUUUCUCAAAUUUUUGUUAAUUGCACACUAAGCUCAAGAGAUUCAUUAGUUUUAAAAUAGGGAAUUAUUUGGGGAACAACAAAAAUCAAAAUGUGCCACAUUCGAUGCGCGAUAUUUUCCACAAAUGCCAUUUGUUAGUAGAGCAAACGAUAGAAGAAUUGAAUGAGAGAAUAACGUACAACAACAACUUUCCAACGAAUUGACAAAUUAUUUGAUCGCAACGCAAAUGUAAAUUGAUUAGUAGAUUUGAAACUGUAUGUUGUUCACUUGAAUGUACCCUUUGUUUUGUCUCUUUAAUUGUCAACAUAAUUGUGUCAGUUACCUACAACGAGCUGAACUAGUUUGGUCAAUUAUUUAAAAAGAUGUAAGAAUGGUGUUCUUUAUUUAGGAUGAGAAAUGGAAAUGAAUGCUUUGGUGAAUUGUUUUCGAGCGAUGAAAACGAGCUCGCUUGGUUGAUUACCAAUAAUUGAAAUCGAAAGCUAACGAAAUUGUUGAUUUGGAAUUGUCCUUUUGUUUAUUUAUUUUUUGUUGUACGAAAGAUUCGAGGUCAUCGAAGAUACUUUCAAAUUGACAAUACGCGGUGUUUAAGUUAACCAUUGAUCGAUUGAAAUUUACGAACGAUAGAAGAGUCCAUGCCAAUUUUCACAGUCCGAAUCAGUUUUAAAUUGAUGUCGUCGUCUCAAUAGUUAAGGACAGCAAACUUUUCUAAAUCCAUCCAAUGACUUUUCCAAAAGAGCAAACAACAACAAAAUAAUUGUAAAACCUCCGCACAUUAGCAUAAUAAUAGAGAAAGAGCACAAGGAACUCGAUUUGAAUUUAAGUCAAGCAAAAAAUGAAGUAAAACAGAGCCAUAGGAAUUAUUUCGUCCCAAAAAUACGUUGUUUUCAGAAGUAAUUAUUGUAAUAGAGGUAUUGAUGAUAAUUUGCACAAGGACGCACCACAUGCACACUACAAGUGAACAAAAACAAACGAUUAUACGACUUAUUAUUAGGCAACCGUCUCAUAUAGUUUCACAAAAUAUAAACGUUUGUACAAUAAGAAGAAGAAAAAAAGUGCAACCUUGGAAACAACAAUGGUUAAUAAUUGACCUAAAAAGGAUAGAUUCUAGUGAAGCCACCCAAAACCAAAAACAUUGGUAGAAAUUGUCUCUCCAUUAGACUAUCAAAAUCAACCGACAACUUAUAACUAGUGCUCCAAAAUCAUACAACUUGACCAUCCAUUUUUGUUUUUGAAAUUUUUAACUCUGAAAAAAUUGCGUCCCAUUGCCCGUUUUUUUUUAUUGUUCCGUCUUCGAGUGAAGUUUUCCAUGUUACUACAAAUCGAAAGCCCGAAUUGAAGUCCACAAAAAGAAACAAAUUCAAGUCAUUUUCAACCUUCCAAAACUUUAAUAAUGUAAAAUCAGUCUGCAGAAAUAAACACCAAAUGUUCCAAUUAACAUAGACAACAUCAAGAUCGUGUAUGGAUCGUAUCGAUUGCAUAAAUGAAGACGAAAUCCGUGCCAAAGUGUCUGUUAAUCGUCUGAAGCUAUGCAACCUUGGCGACGAAUGCAUAUGCUUUGAAAGUUGUACUAGAAUUGAUGAAAAACAAACGAAAUUAGAGAAAAACACGAAAAGAAAGACGUUAGGUUACAAAAAAAACUCCCUAAAACAAAAAUUAAGGAAAAAAAAAUCCUUCAAAUCAGUUUGCUAUCCAAAAUGUAGAAUAUCUGUUGAGAAUUCGAGAAAGAAUAAUGAUCAAAUUGUUAAUUUGUUCCACCCAAAAAAAGACCAAUUCGGGCUUCUGUUAUGGACAAAUUGUUUACGUUUUUCCAAUCUUUCUUUUGUUUUGUUUUUGAUGGGAGCAAAUCCCACAUUUGAAAAAAAAAGAAAAAAAAACCGUCUAUUUAACACGCAAUCAACCUUCCAUGAAAACACAUCCAAAACAUUAACUGUACUAUUAAAUUACUUUUAGAGUUGAGAGAAAUCUUUAAAUCCAUCGAAGUAAAAUAAAGUACAUACACACACACACUAAUUAGGUAGGGCUAAGUUUCUCCAACAGGGAACGAAAUUUGAUCAAAAUCAACUGUUUUCCUGUCCAGCACUUUUUACGCAAAUUGCCAAACGAUAAAACAUGUUUGAGGUGUCCUCCAAAAUUCUUUCGAAAGUAAACAAUUGAAAAAUCAUCCAUUCUCAAUCCCUUCCAAAACAAAAACCAAAUAAAAACAUUUUCCUUACUACCUAUCUUUUUUUAUUGAGGAAAGCAAAAAAAAAAGUCGCGAAAAUUGAGUAAUCUAAAGUUUUCCGGAAUGUGUUUUCCAACCUUUCAUCGAAUCGAAUCAUCAAACGAAGUAGAACAACUUCCUUCCUAGGCACAUUUUUAAAUAGUCUUGUUUCGGUUAUGGUAGAAAGUUCAAAUUCACACACACACCUGCAGAGACACAUCGAAGCUUCCAAUUUAGAAAUAAUUUCUCUUGACAUCAGCUCCAACUUCUAAAUUCUAGUACUACCAUUUUAGAUUUGUGUUGAUAAAAUCGUGAUAAACUGACAACUCGAUAAUUGUUAAGUAAUUGGAUAAACCAAUCCUAAAACGAAGCUUGCUGUUAUAAUUUUUAGUGGCUGCCAUUCGGUGUAAUUAUUACACCGGAUACAUUUCAACGAGUCCUGUUUGAGGAAACUAUGCGUGUAGAACAUUUCAACAAACAAUAUUGUUCUGCAGAAAAGAAAAAACAACAAAACAAGAACAAAUGUAGUAAAAAAAAUCGUGUUAUCGCGAAGGCGUCCAAUGUAUGCGAAAAAUUGACAAUUAAAAUUUAAGAACUAAAACAUUUUUAAUCAUAAGCGAGAGACUGAAAUCAAACGAACAGACACACAGACACUUGAAACCGUAAUGUGGCUAAGCACUUUCACAAAAAUCCGGAAACAAAAAGAAACUUAAAACUAAAACAAUUGUUCGGAUUGUACGAAAGUGCAGUACUAGAUUGAACGUAGUUUUUUUUUCGUUUGAUCCAUUGAAAGUAUUCCUGAAAGAUAUCUUCUGAUACUCGAUAACGAGCGAUGGAGGUGUGUAAAAUCUAGAACAAUGGAAUUUUGUUUACUGUUCGAUUAAUCGAUAGAUUUGCAAGCAAACAUAAUCUCAAUCUUAAAAUGAAAACUAAAAACUAUAAAUAUAUCAAAGUCAAAAGUAUCACUUCAACAAACACCCGACAAAUGUAUAUCAAUCGAAAACCGAAAAAUGGCGCAUAUUAAAAACAAACAAAAAUAAACGAUAUAUCUGGAUCAGUACAUUUCUCUUAUCCUGUACUAAUAAACUCAUCAGAAACGAUUAUAUUAUGAAAUAGUUAAUAACGGAAAACACGUGAAACGUGUUAAACUAUCUUGAAAGCCACAGUUGCUAACUCGUGGCAAUCUACUACUACGAGAUACUUUACUUGUACCAAACAGAACACAAAUUAAACAGAAAGACACUAUCUGUGUGUUAUCAAUUAAUUAGGGAGUUAAACUGGUGAAAAUUGUAGUACUAGAUCAUGAUACACAUGAUAAAAGAGACCACAGGCUUUUACCUACCAAAGCAUUUAAGCCCUAAAUUAUGCUAAAACCAAGAAAUAACCAACCAGAAAUGAAACAAAGGUAAUAAUUUCCCCACCAAGAAACUCGAAAAUAGCACACUCAAAGAAGAUGCCAAGUGCAUUAUAACAAAUACAAACUAGAACAAAAAAACUACAACAACUAAGAAGUGUAGUAAGCAAAUGCUAUUUGUUUUAUUAUUCAAAUUUAAAGUGCAAGCAACUGCAAAACUGUGCAAGGUAGCUGAAUUACUAACUAAAUUAAUAGGUGUUGUUAGCUUAGCCUUCUCAUUCUCAAACAAAUAUAACAAAGAGUAAAACAGAACAAAACUAAGAUAAAACUUAGCAGACAAGAAAACCGAUUCCCAGAUGUUUUCCAAUAACACAACUGAUCGAUGCUACUUUAGAUUUAUAAAGGAAAAAACACACACACUUUUUACGAUGAACCACAUUCCCUGGAGAGAAAAGCCAAAACACAAAAUCGCUGAAAUUGUAAACAGAUAAACUAAAUUUUUACCUUUUUUUCGUGAACACUAGAAAGAAAAGACAAAACGAACUCUAUCCCAAAGCUUACCCCGUGUAAAUACAUAGAACUUUAAACGCUGCUUUUGUGAUUCCCGAUAUGGAGUAGAACUAUUGAAGUUGAAAAAAAAACACAAACAGUAAAACAGCCCUAUCUUGAUAGUCUAAUUCUUGCUUCUAUCUGCUAUAUUAUUAUCCAUGAACCAAACCCGAUAGGAGAAAAAAAAACGGAACGGUAGGAAACGAAAUGGGAACACAACGUCGUGUCAACCUACAACACCUAAACCUUGAAUCCUCUCAAAGCAGGUAAAAAGGAUCGCACAAUGGACCAGAAUAUUUCACAAUGAACAGCCAACGUAAUGCAAGCCAAUAACUAAGAAACUAAACUACUGAUAGAAUGAGAGGAAAAAAAACAUAGACGAGAGUUGCUAUGACAAACUGAAUGAAAAAGGAGGAAGAAGACAACUCGUUUCCUAAACAAGUAGUCUCGGAUAAAUUUCUACAUUUUGAUUAGUAAAACUGUGUUCCUAUGAUAAAAAAAGGUAUUCUUUGGCUGCAGUCAAACUUUGUGGUACCAGAAUGAGGUUGAUAUCGUCAAGUGAUUGUUGCUAUCAAGUAUAAUUCAUAUAAUUGUUGAGUAAGUUACUGUGAAAUCUUGAUUUGAAACAGAAUUUUAAAAACUCCCUUUUGGAAUGGAAAUUGCCCCGGAAUUGUUUCAACGUGAGCUUGGUCUAGGCUUCUCUACCCAAUUUUGACAAGUUUUAAACUGUUUUCAGAAUCCUGAUUCAACAAAUUAUAACAUGAUUUUGGAAAAAAAUUUGGAAUGCUAUUUUUUUUUGUUUCAAAGAAGUGAGGCAAAUUUUUCAUUAUUUUUUCGACUAAAGGGAUGAAUGACUUUAAGAAGUUAAAAUCCAUUCGAAUUGAAAAAAAAAACUCCUUAUCUUUCCAAAGAGGCGUCCGAUGAGUUUUAAGUUGCGAAGUUGUUUUUAAGUUCUUAUUUACGAUCGUUCUUCAAUAAAAAAAAAAUACAAAAAAAACGUAUUACGUUUUGAGCUUUAACUGCCUCAAAACUUAUACCCAAGUAUAAGUUUUUUAACAUUUUGUUAAUUUCCUCUAAAUACUAAGAUUGUUUUGGUGAAGAUGGAAAAUUCUCAUAAUUUUUAAUAUUCAAACCUCUUCUUGAACUUGGUUGGUGGUUUUUGAAUUUGUAAGAUGCUAGCCAGUGUUAUGCGAAUUAGGGUUUCUUCAAGGAAGCAUGAAGUUUCACUGAGAUCUUUUAAACUUUUCAACAAAAAAAACGUAGUUCUGAAAUAUUUAAAAAAGGUGAUCUCAAACAAGACUACAAAAAGUUCACAAAAAAACUUGAAAAUUCGUUCGAUUUUCAAAUUACUCCGGCAUAUUGAAAACGUGAUCUUUUUUCACUCAUUUGUAACAAACUAGCGCAUAUUGAAUCCCACUCCAGUGCAAUCGGCACUUUUUUUCCUGUUUCACAAAGUUCUCGUAUUCUGAGUAGUACUAGAACACUUUUUUGGCAAAACAAAUGCGCCUUUUUAUUUUAUUUCCAGCGCAAUAGGCCCUUUUACUGGUUCACGUAGCUCUAGAAAGCUAGAAAGCUCUAAGGCAAGAGCACGUUUUGAGUCGAUCAAAAGAUUGGAGUUAUGGAUAGUUAUUUUGUAUUAUUGUAAUAUCGGAACAAGUUCCUUAUAAACGAAAUUAUGAGAUUUUCGUUAUUUUAAGGCCAGAAUCCCUCGUGAAUUUGUUUUUGGAAAUUUUGAGCGGCUUUAUCGGAGAGUAUUAUUGAUUUGAAAUGAUAGACGGAUAAACUAUAGGAAGAAAGUUACUAAGCUUGAUCACAUACUGAAUUUUGCCGCUGGAGUUCAAAAAUCGAAUCGUCGUUUUUUUUGAACGACUUUCGAAGCACCUAGGCCUGAUUGAGCUUAUUAAAAACUUCAAGACUCACUUCGUGUGGUUGGAAUUUGAACUUGGUAGAGAAUUGAUGAUUUAAAUUCUAAUUCCUUAUUUUUGCCUUAUUUGCAUGAAAUUUUGCUCGGAGCUAUUUAAAAGUAGCAAUAGCAAUACAGUUUAAUCGAUAUUUAUUUUCUAAAACUUCCUAUUAGUUGCCAUGGCCAAAAAGUAGGUUCUAGGGCUUUACUGAUCCAUGUUAUGUUUUUUCGUUUAUGACUUGAUGUUGUACUAGAAUAUGAAGUUCUAAGCUGCAUAACUGUUACUAUAAAUUGUUUAUGUCCCUUCAAAUAGCAAGAAAAAAUCACUGUUAUGGUGUCAAAACAAGAUUUAUUCAAUUGCCGUUUGGCGAAAAAAUGGGUCCAACAUGUUUGCAAAGAGUGAUGAUUUUUCCCUUAUUUGCACUGUUUUUUUUUUCAUGAAGCAGUACCGUGUCCAGAAUUUAUCUUCAGUGUUAUGGCCAGAAGAACGUGCACACUGUUGUAAUGAUUAUUUGGAGAAGCUCAGCCUUUAGUCAAAAUUGCUUGGCUUAAAAAUUGUCCCACAAUUAUAUUAAAGUGUGGUUAUUUUUCAUUGUUCUGUGCGGUUUUCUUGUGUUUGUGAUCUCUGGAACCAGACUUCAAAAAGUACACAAAAAAACUUGAAAAUUUGCCCCAUUUUAAGGUUACGCCGGCAUAUUGAAAUCGUGAUAAUUUUUCCCUCAUUUGUAACAAACUAGCGCAUAUUGAAUUCCAAUGCAAUCGGCACUUUUUUCCUGUUUCACAAAGUUCUCGUAUUCUGAGUAGUACUAGAACACCUUUUUGGCAAAACAACUGCGCCUUUUUAUUUUAUUUCCAGCGCAAUAGGCCCUUUUUCUGGUUCACGUAGCUCUAGAAAGCUAUAAAGCUCUAAGGCAAGAGCACGUUUUGAGGCCAUCAAAAGAUUGGAGUUAUGGAUCGUAAUUUUGUAUUAUUGUAACUACGGAACAAGUUCUUUAUAAACGAAAUUAUGAGAUUUUCGUUAUUUUAAGGCCAGAAUCCCUCGUGAAUUUGUUUUUGGAAAUUUUGAGCGGCUUUAUCGGAGAAUAUUAUAGAUUUGAAAUGAUGGACGAAUAGACUAUGGGAAGAAAGUUACUAAGCUUGAUCACAUACUGAAUUUUGCCGCUGGAGACUGAUACUAGGUUGUUCAAAGUUCAAAAAUAGAAUCGUCGUUUGUUUGAACGACUUUCGAAGUACCUAGGCCUGAUUGAGUUUAUUAAAAACUUCAAGAUCUCGUGUGGUUGGAAUUUGAACUUCUUAAAGAAUUUCUAACAGUACUUAGUACGGUUUAGUACUAAAAUAUGUUAUCUUUUAAGGAGCUAUUUGAAAGUAGUGUCAAAGACAAGAGAUUCAUUCAAUUGCCGUUUGGCUUAAAAAUGGGUCCAACAUGUUUCCAAAGAGUGAUGAUUUUCCCUUAUGCACACUGUUUUUUUCAUGAAGUAGUACCGUGUCUAGAAUUUAUCUCGAAUGUUCUGGCUAGAAGAAGCUGCACACUGUAUUGAUGAUUAUUUGAAGAAGCACUGCCUUUAGUCAAAAUUGCUUGCAUAAUUGUUUCAUAAAUGAAUUGAAUUUGUUCAGUUGGACUUUGGUUUAUGGAUUCCUAAUACUGUUCGAAUGCCGUUUGGCUUAAAAAUUAUUCCACAAUUAUUUUAAAAUGUGGUUCUUUUUCAUUGUUCUGCGGGGUUUUCUUGUGUUUGUGUCUUAAAUUCAAAUCCAAUAUUGUUGUGAUUAUUUCAAGAUAUUUAUUUUUUUUUGACGAGACACAAAUUUAUACGAUUACCGUUUGGUUUGAAAAUUUCUCCAAAAUUGUUCCAGACAGUGAUGAAUUUUCACUUCUCUGCAGAUUUCAUCUAAGUGUCAAUGUUGGAUAUUUAAAGUUGUCAUGGAUUCAGAAUGGAAAGUAAUUAUAAUUUAUACAGUGAAUUUGAUAUUUAAAUUAUUCUCAAUUUGUUUCAAAGUGUGACUCAUUCUCACUUAUCCACACGAUUUUUUAAGUCGUAGUACCGUGUUUAGAAUUUAUCUCCAGAGGCUCACUGCGGCUGAAAUUCAUACUUUUGGGUGAUAUUCGCAGUCUUUAAAGCAAUUAAGUUUCAAAAUUACCUCCAGAAUUGGUAGAAAUUGAACUCGAAUUUGAUCGAUUACCUUUUGGUUUAAAGAUUGUCCCAUAGUUGUGUCAAAUAAUCGUCUAUGAUUGGGAACAAAGAAAAUUGUAUAAAAAAAUUAUUUUUAUCCGGUUAAAUUGACCUAAGCAUUGCGAUGUACAAUACGAACAAAAGAUUUUUCCGAUAAGCUCAUAUUCAAUUCAACAGUUCUGGUACCUCAAAGCUUGGCGUUCAUCCAUCAAGUAGACUACUAGCUUCUCUAAUUUACCCCACCGUGCUAAAAAAAAAGUUCACCAACUCAUCGGAUAUUUUUCCAAACAAUUCCACCAAAAGUGUUACCACGAUUUUCGUUCACCACUGUUAAACCACUGAUACUUACCCCCUAUUGAGUAGUAGUACUAGAAGAAGUAAUAAAUCGUUGUUUUCUCCAGCCCACAAAAUUAUUCAAACAUGAAAAAGGAAAGAGAAUACAAAAAAAAACGAUAUUUUUCGUUCGUGCCUUACCCUAAAACAGAACAAACACCCCCACAUAUAUAGAUUGAUACAAACUGAUGUUUCCUAACAGAAUUUAAAAAAAAUCCUUCUAGCAGAAUUCCGAGCUUUCGCGUUAGGGUUUUCUUUCGCUUGCCAGCAACCGGAAACGAAAAGUAGCAACAAUAACUUUUAUUUUCUCCAAACAAAACACUAGAAGAACACCGAAAAUCGUACACCAGAAUCGAAAAUACACCACACAUACACCAAAUGUAAAUUAUCAUACCAGCAACACCUUUGCGAACUUAUAUUUAAAUUAAAACAAACAAAAAAACAACACUGUACACUAGUAGCCAACAAAGAAAAACAAAAGCAAACAAUAACUUAGUAGAAGGGACGUUUCUCAAAGAGUUAACGACGCGAAGAGAGAAAACUGACAUUUUGAUGCCUAGCAGAAACCGAUCAUUGUAUAAUUAAAAAAAAACUAACGAAAAAAAAAUGUAAAAGACGAAACAAGAACGACAUUCAUGUUUAAAGUAGGGUGAAAAUUUAAGAAGCAAAAUGUGAAAACCAAAUCGUGUGAAGUAAGUAAAACAAAAAGAUUGCCUUGUGAGUGAAAUGAUGAUGAUGGGAGGAGAAAAAAAAAAAGUUUACCAUCAGCAGCCGAAAAAUCCGAAUUGAGCUAACUAGAACAACAAAAUUGAAACAUCAACCAGAUUAAAAGAAACACAAUUGAACAACCAACUAUAUAUAUUAGAAUAAGAAAAGAAGAAUGUAAACGAAAGAAAACAGAAACAAAAGAAAAAAAACUAUUCAGUGCGUGCUGCUAAUCAAAACCAAAACCCAAGGAUGGUGUCGUGUACAUAAGUCUAUAUUAUCAAAGCUGAACACACUGAAAAAAAUCGUUAACCUAAAACAACCGGAGAAGAAAGGCGAAGUUUGCGCUUCACGCUGACACGAAAAAAAAAACGCAUGAGUAACUUUCAGCAGAAAAGCGGCUAAACCGGUAGUUUCGAUCGAUUGUUUUGUUUCGAUUCGUUGUGUUGGGGGGCAAGCAAUUAAAGCAAUAUCUAUCUAUCAUCUCACAUUAGCCAGCUGAUAGAUUUCCGCGGUGGGUUCGCUUUCGGGACCACUUCGUUUCUUAGAUGGACGUGUAGAGGAAAGGAAGUGAAUUUCUCUCCAGGAAAUCCGGGACCAACCGAAUUGGCGCAAGCAAAAAAAAAUACGGCAAACAACAGAUUUCAUUUGUUAGGAAGAUAGGUAAAUUCAAAAUUCGCUCAAUGUUUAAUCCUUCCCUUUUUUACUGUUUAAAUGUUCGAUUGUAUUUUUUUCUUCUCUUUGGGAUGGAGCAGGCUCCAUCUCUGUUUAUUUUGCUAUCUCUUUUUUUCGUUAUUGCUGUUAAUUGUGUUAUAAUCUUGCAGAUGCCAAAGUUGAUGUUUUAGGAGGGAAGAAAAACUGCCGGUUUUUCCGUAAAAGCAAAGAGAAGAGCUCAUCAGACGAAGAAGGUAAAAGAAAAAAAAAACGACAAAACAUUCAAAGUGUACUUUUUUAUCUCGCUAAAUAUUAAUAUUUAAAGAAACUGAAGCAAGAACAACAACAAAAAACCAACAAGGAUGCAGACAAAUACUUCGGAAAGGCUAGAUGAGACAACCCAAAAAUAAAGGAAAAAGAAUUUAAAUCAUAACAUUUUAGAUUAUUCCAAACAGAGAAAACAGAUAGAUAUAUUUUGGCAAAUGUGAAAUUUUACAAAACAGAAAAAAAUGGCUAGAAGCAAACAAAAGCAGCGUGCAGUUUUAAAAAGGAAAAAUUUUCGCGAGCAAGGAAACCAAAACAAAAAGAAAAAAGACGAAAGCCGAUACACUCUAGAAAAUGGAAACUAAAAAAAAACAAAAAACCUAAUGGUUGUGUUGAUUUCAAAAUGCUAGAAAAAAAACAAGAAGGAAAAUUCUUGUUCAAGGAGCGGGCUUGUUUAAGAAACUUGCGCCGCCGAUCAGUUUUUACGUGGUUUUUACCCUAAUUUGAGUGCUUUACAAACAACAGUGUAUGACGUCUGUGAGAUGGAAAAUCUUCCAAAGUGGGAAACUUUGAAGAGAGAACUCAAACAGAGAGAGCAAAAGCGAGUGAGAUUUUAACCAGCGACCCCGCUUUUAUCGUGCCAUCACAUCCAAAACAAACUAACAGAGAAGAAAAUUUAUGACGAAAAAUUUGCUCUCAAAAACAAUCAAAAGAAGAGUACUAAACAAAAGAGAGGGCGAUCACUGAUCCAGUUGUUCACUUGAAUCAGUUAGCAAUCAGUUGUGAAAGCAUUUUUCAAAAGGAAAACAAAAUAUACAAACAGCUAUUAUUCUUAUUGAAAAAAAAAUAUUCAAACGCAAAUCAAGCAGGAAAAAUCAAAUGAAAACCAUCAAAAUAGCAGAAAAAACCUAAAAAAUCGGAACCGAAAAAUGAAAAACAACUAUCAAAAGAUACAACUAGCAAAACAAGUAAUUUGCCAAUAGCGAAACACAAUAGGGAAUAAACUAAUAAAACAAAACGAAAAUGGAAUAAAAUUUCGGUUAAAGUGCCAGUCCAGCUAGCAGGAUGAAAAACAGUAGGAAAAAAAUUGACUAAGAACGAGAAAAAUUCACCCCAAACUCACACAUACACAAAAAAAACCACAAACACUGACACCCACACACAUACAUACGAAAGAGAAAAAAAAAACCGCAAAACACACAUCCACACACCAGCAUACAUAUAUUUAUAAAUAUACGUUUGUUAAGAAUUUUUUUCAUUUGUAAAUAUGUUUAUAUUCGAUUGAUUAUUAAUUAAAAUGAAAUUGCGCCGCCAGCAGCGGCAGAAAAACUGGGAACACUGGCGCAGACAGACAAAAUAGACAGAGAGAAAACACACCAGAUAGACAACUAAUUAACUGAAUGAAAGGAGAAAGGAAAGAAUCGAAGAAGAAGAAAAGAAAAAAAAACAGUGCUCCCAUCGAAUGUAGGAAAAUUCGCCCUGCGAAAGAAAGGGCGGAUCUUAACUCUAUAAAUGAUUAAACAAAGCAAAACAAAAACAAAAAAACCCCUCGAGAAUACUUGAUGACGACUCUAACGCAAUGAAUAACCAAUACUUGAAUCGUGAAACCAAUCGAUCGCUGUGCGGUUUUUGGAUUUUUGCCGGGGUGCGUGUGGCCUUGAAGAAAUCAAGCGUUUUUUUGGAGGCACAAAAUAGUUGUGAGCGACAAGUUUUCUUAGGAAAGCAAAAAUAAUCCACUUUCUUCGAGUAACCAACAAUCUUCCACAAUCGAACUAGAAAAUCUGAAAAAAAAAAUCACAGCUGAGAGAGCUUAAAAAUCAAGACAAAGACUGAUGGAACACAACGCGAAAUGUUGAAAAAAAGGCGAGUUUAGAAAGAGAGUCUGGAAGGGACUUAAAAUGGAAGAUUUUUUUAUUCUAAAAAAAUCUCUUUGUAGUUUAGAAUUUUCCAAUUCACAAAGCCCAAAAAAUGGGUAGAAACAAUCUUUUUUUUUAUCUGUUUUCAGAAUGAUCCUUCAGCUUGGCUGUCGCUUGCAACUAUUUUGUGUUCCCAAGAAGACCCAGAAGCUAAGACGGAGAGAAAAGAAUUUGAAUUAAAGAGUCAGCUCGAAAAGUAAAGUGAGUCUCAAUUUAAGACUCAGAAAAAGAGCUCAAAAAGAGAAAAGCGUCUAAAUUCAAGACCCAGAAAGAGAGAUAAAAAAGUGAGUGUCAAUUCAAGACUCAGAAAGUGGAAAGAGUCCAAAUUUAAGACUCAGAAAGAAAGCUCAAAAAACGAAGAGUGUCUAAAUUUAACACAGAACAAGAUCUCAGAAAUCCAAGAUGGCUCACUUUUCCUCAAUCGAAAAAAAAACAUCGCUCAUAGAGGCCACUCCCGUCAAAAAUUAAAAAACCCGCUCAGCGAUUAAUCCAUGUUCUGCCAUUUUAUUCGCGCACCGCAAAUCGGGAAACCCCCAACAGAGCAGGUGUACUCUCAAUGAGAGAGACUAAAGAGAAGCAAGAAAACAGGAGGGAGGGUCCCACCGAUCCCAGUCACAUCCACACACACACAGAGCCAAGAAUAUUUGUUAAGGUUCCCGGACCGACCAUUCGAAAAAAAAAACAUCUAAAAAUGGUUCCGGAGACUUCUCGCCGUUGUCGUCGGUCGAAACUUGACAUUUGACAUCACUUUGAAGGAUGAAAGUAAACAAUUCAACUAAACAUCUUUUGUGCUUUGGUUUUUUCUGUACCUUCAAUUUAAGUUCUGAAAGCCAAAUCUAUAAUCCUUCAAAAGUCAAGCGAAAAAGACGACGACGACGACGAGAGACCCUUGAAAGAAAACUCAAUCAAAAGCGACUCACCAUUAGGUUUUCUUUCUCGUUAAUUGUUAAUUUUUUAUUAUAGAAUAAAAAAUGAAGUAGUAGAGUAUUUCCGGUGGCCCUCCUCCGUUUCGAAAAACGUUCAAGGUAAAGCAAAAAGACAAAUCUACGCCGUUUAGCUUCCAUCACAAGAAAAUUAAUGAACACGAAAAAAAAAACCAAACGGCGCUACACCCAUUGUUGAUUCAAAAAGGGGUUCCGAACCUCUCGGUUUGCGGAAUUUCCUCCAACCCCUCCGAAGGAGGAAUGAUCCGCUGCGGAUGCGAAUGGUGGAUGUUAAGCAAAAAUACUUUAAUUUAGUGCGUAAUAAAACAAGAAUUAAACAAAAAAAAAAACAAGAAAAAAAUACGAUGAGUAAUAUCGCAGCAGCAAGCAAGCAAAACGAAAGAAGAAAAAAAAACAAAACAAAAACAAACACAAUGAGCAUAAUUUAACGACCGACGAAGAUGAAGAAUUAAAAGAAAA